AUGCAUUUUUCAAAGAAGGCUCUGGCAGCCCUUAUUGGGUCUGCGACUAGCGCAAAUGGUGCUAUCUUAUGGGAUGGACGAUUCGAUUCUUCUUCCAUGGCAGAUUUAGAAGCUUGGUCAUGGAGUAACGCUGUUGGUGAUUACCAAAAUUAUAUCCAUGGUACAGGUAACAUUACCGAUUAUGUUGCUCUCGACAGCACUUACAAGAAUCCUGCCGAUUCCGGAUCAGCCCUCGGUGCCAAAAUCACUCUUGAUAGUACCUCAUACUGGGAAGGUCAAACCAUGCGUCGUACAGAAUUGAUUCCUCAAACCUCUGCUGCUAUUGGAAGUGGAAAGGUUUACUACCAUUUCAGUAUGAAGCGUGAAGAUACCAAUGCACCAAGUAUUAACAGAGAACAUCAAAUCUGUUUCUUCGAGAGUCAUUUCACAGAGAUGAAGAGUGGUUGGAUUAGUGGAGAGACUGGAUCCAGUGAUCCUCUUUUGAGAUGGGAAGUUAGUGCAACUAGUCAAUGGAGUACUAACUGGACUGCUGGUGUUUGGCACAACAUUGCGUACGGAAUUGAUUUCUCCGCAGGCUCAGUUGAAUUUUACCACUCCACUGGGUCCGAUGCUCUCACUCUUACAGUCCCAGCCGUUUCAGUCUCCGCCUCUUCCAAUGGUGCAGAUUGGCAUUUGGGAGUUCUCGAACUUCCCGUGCCCGGUCAAACUGAUGGGACUGAAGAUUUCUAUUUCUCUGGUGUAUACAUCGAGAGUGGAUCGCUCACCACUAGUAUUGCUGGACCAGGGGGAGCCUCGGGUUCGAGUUCUUCUUCUUCUGCAACCUCGUCAGUAGAUUCUUCUUCUGUUCUUUCUAGUUCAGUCGUUUCUUCUUCGAUUCCUUCUUCUAGUCCAGUCGUUUCUUCUUCGAUUCCUUCUUCUAGCGCCGCUCAAUUAUCCUCAUCAUCGAUCAUUCAAUCUUCGCCAACGUCUAUUGCCGUCGCAAUUCAACAAUCCUCAGUUAUCUCCUCCCCAUCAAGCUCGGCCAAGAAAUCCUGCACAAAGAACAUCGCCUCCGCCAUUGUCACUUCUUCUUCUGUCCUUUCCAGUGCCGCUCCAUCUACUUUUGUCACUUCCAAGAAGUCUUGCACAAAGAAAGCUUCUUCCGCUUCUGCAAUUGCAUCAAGUUUGGCGGGAAAUGUAAACGUAGCUGCCAGUUCUUCAAUGGCUCUAACUUCUGCGGGUGUUAGCUCGAAGCCACAUACUACCGUCACUAUGACGAUUACCCAAACCACUUCUACUACUAUCGCUUCGAGCGCAGGUGCUACUAGCACUGGAGGAAGUAGCUCGGGAAACAUCGCUUUGUAUAUGCAAUGUGGAGGAAAGAGUUGGACUGGAACCGGUACUUGUGUCAGUGGAAGUACUUGCAAGGCUCAAAAUGAUUAUUAUAGUCAAUGUGUUUCUGCUUAA